GGCGGGCGGCGGACUGCGCUCUCGGCAGGCUGCGCUCUCGGCUGGCUCAGGGCUCGGCGCUUGGGGCGCGGACUCUGGAAGCGGGGCUCAGACUCAAGGCUCGGGACCUUGUGACCCUGUGUGAGCCGCGCCACCCCUUGGGGACCCAUGUGCAUCAUCUUCUUUAAGUUCGAUCCUCGGCCCGUUUCCAAAAAUGCCUACAGGCUCAUCCUGGCCGCCAACAGGGACGAAUUCUACCACAGGCCGUCCAAGGCCGCGGACUUCUGGGGGAGCAACCACGAGGUCCUCAGCGGGCUCGACAUGGAGGAGGGCAAGGAAGGCGGCACAUGGCUGGGCAUCAGCAUGCGGGGGAAGCUGGCAGCUCUCACCAACUACCUGCAGCCCCGGCUGGACCGGGACGCCCGGGGCCGAGGUGAGCUUGUGGCCCAGUUUCUGACCACCGAUAUGGACUGUCUGACCUACCUGAAGAAGGUCUCGGCGGAGGGCCACCUGUACAACGGCUUCAACCUCAUAGCAGCCGACCUGAGCACAGAGAAGGGAGAUGUUGUUUGUUACUAUGGAAACCGGGGGGAUCCCAAGCCUGUCGUCCUGGCACCAGGGACCUACGGGCUGAGCAAUGCGCUGCUGGAGACGCCCUGGAGGAAGCUGUGUUUUGGGAAGCGGCUCUUCCUGGAAGCUGUGGAGCGGAGCCAGGCGCUGCCUAAGGAAGCCCUCGUGGCCCAGCUCCUGGAUGUGCUCAACAAUGAGGAGGCGCAGCUGCCGGACCCGGCCAUCGAGGAUCAGGGCAGGGAGUACGUGCAGCCCAUCCUCAGCAAGUACGCGGCUGUGUGCGUGCGUGGCCUGGACUACGGCACCAGAACCAACACCGUCAUCCUCGUGGAUGCUGACGGGCACGUGACUUUCACAGAGCGCAGCAUGCUGGGCACGGACCCCUCCCGCUGGGAGACCAGCACCCAUGAGUUCAGGCUGAAGAGCUAAGCUGCCCCCAGGUGUGGCCAGGGACUACUGGAAGGCCCUGCCAUGUGUACUGUCUGCGACUCAGCCAGCUUCCCUCAAGGGCCAGCGCCCUCCGACUGAUGUGAAGUAUCUCUGUCCCCGUGUCUAGCUCUGGUCCACCCUUCUGCCCAUGGGGGUGAGAGUCCCAUGGGCAGGUCUGGGGCAGGCCCAGGUGUGCUGUGCUUCCCCCUGGCCUGUACACAGAAGUGCACGCACAGGCACACCUACAGGUACACGGGGACACACGCACACACUCCUGGAUGUACACACCCACGUGGGCCACAGCGCAGAGGUGUGUGCUCACCCACAUGUGCUUCUGGCCAGUAAGUCUUGCUAUGAUCAAAAGAGUAAGGGUGGACUUCUGUUUCAAAGUGGCCUCUCGUCUCUGGGGCGUAGCCCAGUUCCUGACAGCCAGACCUGCUCCUGGAGAGGAGACAGGCCACAUCUGGAAUGAGGAAGAAGGAAAACAGUCUCCACAGCAGAAGCACAGCUCGGUUGGUGGGUCCAGAGGCUCUGCGUGUGCUGGGGGUCCUGUGCGUGCUGGGUUAGUUUGCCUGCCUGUCAGGCUUGCUGGUUCUGGGCAGGCCACCUCAGUGAGGGGACACAGCUGCCCCAGCUGUUUCCUUCUCCUGGGGACUCAAACGUCAUCGCAAUCUGUGCAUGAGUGUGAGGCACCGAUAAUAAAGCUCCGAGGCCACGGUGACGGGACGAUCAGGCUGCUGUGCAAGGGCUCGGGGGCUGCUCUCCUGGCCUGCGGGAACUCCCAGGGUGCAGACCCUGGUGCAAGGCUCUUUCCACUCCUCAUUUUGCUCACGGCUCCUGUGUACCACGAUGGAAGCCCGAGGGUCUGUCAGCCUGUCCCUCUUCUGUCUUUGGGCAGAGACCAGGGUGCACGGGAUAUGGUAGGUGGUGGUUACAGGGCCUCCUGAGCUGGGCCAAGGAGCCGGGACUUCAUCUGGGUGCAGGUGGAAACCCGGGGCCCCCGAGGGAGCAGUGUGGUCAAGCCUGCACUCGGUGGAGCCCCGAGGCCAGGGGAUGGCAGGAAGGGCUGGAAGUCAAGAUAAGAGGGCAAACCACUUGCCCCCUGGUUUAGGGCAGACGCUCUGGCAUUCCUGUUCCCAGCUGGGGUGGAGCAUUUAGGGGUCCUGGGUCUCUCCCCUCCUCCCGUCCAACGCCCUCCUUGGGCUACUUUGAACUGAGAAGAAAAGUGCUUGCGCACAGCCAGGCUUGACAGGGGCUCUUGGUGUGCUUCAGCCGAGGCCCCUGGGCCCCCACAGGUCCAGCUGAGCCACGACAAGCCAGGCUUCCAGCUCCAGCACCGCCAACUCCCUGUAUCUGCCUCAGCAGACCACUCCUGUCACAGACCAGGUCCCCACACCAGCACCCACCCUGGCCAGGCAUGUCUGCCCUCGGGGGGCACCCCUGGGAUGGGUGCACCUGAAGAGCCUUCCAGAUGUUUGCCUCUGCCCCAGGGCCUGGCCUGCCCAGGGAGAGCUUCUCCAUACUUGUCAUGGGCCUCUCUGCCCCCGCCCAUCCCCCAGGUUGGGCCCCACGAAGAAGGGGCAGCCCAGGAUGUAGUUCUGUUGCUGUGGGUUGAGUUGUGCCCCUCUCCAAAAGAUACGUUGUAUCCCAGCCCCCAGUACUUCAAAAUGUGACCUCAUUAGGGUCUCUCCAUAGGUAAUCAGGAUAAAAUAGGAUCAUUACAGUGGAUCCUAAUCCAAUACGACUGGUGUCCUUAUAAAGAAGAAAAUUUGGACACAGGGACAGACAGGCAUGCAGGUGGACUUCGUGAAGACUGGAGCUGGGGAACCACCUGGCUGGCAGAGAACCCAGGGAACAUCCUUCCAGGACCCUGUGUUACCCUGACCUCAGAUGUCCAGCCUCCAGACUGUGAGAAUAAAUUCCCUUGUUUAAGCCCCUCA